GGUGAUGGUGAGUCCAACUUCAGAGCAGUAUGACAGUUUGCUCCGGCAGAUGUCAGAGAGAAUUGAUGAGGGAUGUGGGGAGACCAUCUAUGUCAUUGGUCAAGGAUCAGAUGGGACUGAAUAUGGUCUGAGCGAGGCAGACAUGGAAGCAUCCUAUGCCACGUUGAAGAGCAUGGCAGAGCAGAUCGAGGCAGAUGUGAUCCUCCUGCGGGAGCACCAGGAGGCAGGGGGCAAGGUGCGCGACUACCUUGUUCGGAAACGUGUGGGUGACAACGACUUCCUGGAGGUCAGGGUAGCAGUGGUUGGCAACGUGGAUGCAGGAAAGAGCACAUUGCUAGGUGUCUUGACACAUGGCGAGCUAGACAAUGGCCGAGGCUUUGCUCGGCAAAAGCUCUUCCGCCAUAAGCAUGAGAUUGAGUCAGGCCGCACCAGCAGCGUGGGCAAUGACAUUCUGGGCUUCGACAGUGAGGGCAACGUGGUGAACAAGCCUGACAGCCAUGGUGGCAGCUUGGAAUGGACAAAGAUCUGUGAGAAAUCCACCAAGGUCAUUACUUUCAUUGACCUUGCUGGUCAUGAAAAGUACCUGAAAACCACCGUCUUUGGCAUGACCGGCCAUUUACCUGACUUCUGCAUGCUUAUGGUUGGCAGUAAUGCUGGGAUUGUUGGAAUGACCAAGGAGCACUUGGGCCUGGCGCUUGCACUGAACGUUCCCGUCUUUGUUGUGGUGACCAAGAUCGACAUGUGCCCUGCCAACAUCCUGCAAGAAACCCUGAAGCUGUUACAGCGACUGCUGAAGUCCCCAGGGUGCAGGAAGAUUCCCGUGCUGGUUCAGAGCAAGGAUGAUGUCAUUGUAACAGCCUCCAACUUCAGCUCAGAGAGGAUGUGCCCAAUUUUCCAGAUAUCGAAUGUCACUGGGGAGAACCUGGAUUUGCUGAAGAUGUUUCUUAAUCUCUUGUCUCCACGGACCAGUUACAGAGAAGAAGAGCCAGCAGAAUUCCAGAUAGAUGAUACUUACUCUGUCCCGGGUGUAGGAACAGUUGUAUCUGGGACGACACUGAGAGGCCUAAUCAAGCUAAAUGACACCCUGCUGCUGGGGCCAGAUCCCCUUGGCAACUUCCUACCUAUUGCUGUCAAGUCCAUCCACCGCAAGAGAAUGCCCGUCAAAGAAGUGCGGGGAGGCCAGACUGCCUCCUUUGCUUUGAAAAAGAUCAAGCGUUCUUCCAUCCGUAAAGGCAUGGUAAUGGUGUCACCCCGCCUGAAUCCACAAGCAUCGUGGGAGUUUGAAGCAGAGAUUCUGGUGCUUCAUCAUCCCACCACCAUCAGCCCACGGUAUCAGGCCAUGGUGCAUUGUGGCAGUAUACGUCAGACGGCCACGAUUCUCAGCAUGGACAAGGACUGCCUGCGGACGGGGGACAAAGCCACGGUGCACUUUCGCUUCAUCAAAACCCCGGAAUAUUUGCAUAUAGAUCAGCGGCUGGUCUUCCGGGAAGGCCGCACCAAAGCUGUGGGUACCAUCACUAAGUUACUCCAGACCACCAAUAACUCACCGAUGAACUCCAAGCCACAGCAGAUCAAGAUGCAGUCAACCAAGAAGGGAGCCGUUACGAAACGAGAGGAUGGUGUUCCCCCAGCUGGGAUGGCAGCUGGGGGCCCACCAGUUGGGGACGAGGCCCCCUCAACAGCCGCAGCGCCACCGACACCUACUGCUCUGCAACCAUUGUCAAAAGUCGGAGGAGGAGGCCGGCGACGUGGUGGUCAGCGCCAUAAAGUGAAGUCUCAGGGAGCCUGUGUGACUCCUGCCAGUGGCUGCUGAAUUUCUUACUCCUCCUCCCUCUGAGGAAUUCCUCCCCUUCCCUUCAUUUCUUAUCCAAAAGAUCCAGAGCAGCUUAAACCAAAACCCAUCCCAGCUGACUGGCUGCAGAAGAAUCGUCCCUCCUCCCCGAAGCAAGGGAGAGGAGCAUAAUUUAUAAGCUAAUGAAGGUGAUAAGACACACAGAACUGAGCAACUGACACCUUCCUCCUCCCCCUGUUGACACAUUUUUGUACACCAUGGGUUUAGUUUUUAUUCUUACUAGGUUUUAUUAUAUUUUGUGUGCAUGAAGAUGAGAGUCUGGAUAGAACUGAGAAGAGCCAGUUAGCUGCCUCCCUCCUCCCUCACCCCAUUUUUCCACAGGACUUGCUGCUCUCCUCCUGUGUGGUGUCUCAGAUCCAGGGGUUAUCAAAUGCCUGAAAUUUCAGACUGGCAAAGGUUAAAACACGUUGCUUAGGACAGCUGCGUAGGGCAUUGUUUCCUCACCACUGUGGCCCCAUGCCAAAUAUGUUUCUGGAUUCCCUCAAUCUUAAACUAUUUCUAAGUGGGUUUAAUUUAAUGUUGUAGUGACU